CUCCAUACAUUCAUAUGUAUGCAUAUAAACUAUAAGCACUGCAAUAACUAUAAGGAGAGCCACUCGCGCUGCUAUAGCACCAGUUGAUAUCGGCAUUUUGCUUGACUAUUAUACGUGUUGUUGUUGUCGGCGCUGUUGUACGCUUUGUAGGAUGUCUAUGCGUCGCUAUGCCGAAUACUCACUCGUUCAAACGCUGCAUUCAUUUAACUGGCUUGGUCUAAAGAGAAGGAGUGCAGGCGAGGAGAGCGAAUGCUUUCGUUGAAAUGAAAACGCGUAGGAUUGUUUUGCUAUCGCUGCUGUUGCUGCUGCGGCGAAGGAGAACAACAAAAGGCAACAGGCGAAUGUGUUUUGGCAGCAAAGUCAACAGAAGUGACUUUUUGAUUUCAAAAACACAUACACUCACCGCGGGACUACAAAUGUACCUUCUUGCUUGCGUGUCAAUUCGGCGGGAGCUCGUGUGCUCGGGUGUAUACAUACAAAUGUUUAUGUAUAGAUGAACAUGCUUAAAGUAAUUUCCCUUUUUGAGAGGACUGAGGAUCGCAAUAUCGCUGCCGGCAUCGCCCAUGUCGCCUCUUUCUCCACAUGCCGCUCCUUCACUUUGUACAUAGAUAGCUCGUCGUCUAUUGCUGCUGUGUUGGCCUUCGCUGCUGCUGCGCUGUCGUGUUCGUAUUGGAAGCUAUCGUCGCAGUUACCUUGUUGCGCUUAUUCACCAGGCUCUGUAAACAGUAUGAAUUUAGUCGUCGUGUGUCGUAGUGGUAUAGUUGGAUAAAUGUACGCGCGUGUGUCGUUUAAGUAAGAGAAAGAAAAAGAGUGAAGUUAGUGAUGAACAAAUAUUGUUCAAAGAAGAAACCAUAAUUACUACGCAUACAUAUUUUCUAUUACAUACGGAACAAAUGACAACAAAGUGCUUUAUUAUUUUAGUGAAAGAAGUUCGUUGAAAAAUACAGCAGGAAUUGUAAUAUAAUAAAAGAAAUCCCAAUACAAGUAUAUGUAUGUAUGUACAUACAUAGCUACAAAUUGUUAAUGAAUGUUUUUACGAGGCUUUAAAUUGGAAAAAUUGUGAAAACGUGUUAGCUUCUACAAAAUAAUAACAUUAAUGUCAACGCACACAAUGCAACACUUCCGUACAAAUAUUUAUGCAACGAGUUUAUGAAAAAUCUGUUCAUCGCUUGAAAGGAAAAAAAGGAAAGCGGAUACAUAUACGUAUUUUAUUUUUCAAUCAAGGAAUAUACAUACAUACAAGACAACAACGUAUUGACGCUCUGUAAUAAACUAGCUAAAAACGCUAAAAGCCACAUUUGACCUGCGAGGAUCUAAUUUACUUUACUGCACAAUUGCAUCUGAUAAGAACAUAAACUAACAACGUGGCCCAUUUUGUUUUCUGCCAGCUAUUGCAAAUAUAGUCUGGAAAAUUUAUAACAAUUUGUCAAGAAAUAUAUUUUCCUACAGUUGCAGAGGUUGUGAGCGUAUCACAGCCAAACAAAGUAAAAAAUGAAAAUGGCAUCCCAAAGAUUUUGCCUACGGUGGAAUAACCAUCAAAGCAAUUUAUUAUCCGUAUUCGAUCAACUCUUACACGCCGAGACAUUUACGGAUGUUACACUGGCCGUAGAUGGACAAUACCUAAAAGCACACAAGAUGGUACUAUCCGCCUGCAGUCCCUACUUUAAUGCGCUCUUCGUGCAUCACCCCGAAAAGCAUCCGAUUGUUAUUUUGAAGGACGUUCCAUAUUCGGAUAUGAAAUCUCUGCUUGAUUUCAUGUAUCGCGGUGAAGUUUCUGUUGAUCAGGAACGUCUUACCGCUUUCUUGCGAGUCGCCGAAUCAUUACGGAUCAAAGGUUUAACCGAAGUUAAUGAUGAUAAACCAUCGCCGGUUGCACCUACACCACCACCACCACAAUUGCAACGUAUUCAACCGUAUUUGGUGCAGCAGCAACAGCAACGUAGCAAAUCACAGAAUAGCCUAUUGGCUUCUUCCAAUGCUGGUGCAGGUGGUUUAGCUGGUGCUGCUGCACUGGCUGGUGGCCAACAAGCACAACAACAACAACAAUCGCUGUUAAGCUCAGCACUGGCCUCAAUGCCCAAAAGAAAACGCGGAAGGCCACGGAGAUUGUCGGGCAGUUCAAAUGGUACUGGCAAUGAUUACGAUGAAUUCGAUCGGGACGGCAUGAUGAAUGACUCGGAGAUGGGCGAUUGCAAAAUGGGUGAUUCAUAUUCCGGCAAUGAUGAUGGUUCCGAUGACAACCAACGUGAUGGUGGAGAUACGCGUGAUCCAAGUGAGAGCCGAGAUUCUGUUUCACAUAGCAAGAAAUCAAAAUUAAAAGACAACAAGUCCAAACAAACUGAAAACGAUAACAGCACAUCCGUACAAUUGAUAAACACAUCACCGGAAUUAUCGCACAGACUCUUCGGUUUAAUGAAACCAGCUGCCACGGUUCAACCACAAAAACAUGCGUCACAAAAUGAGGCAUUCGAAAUGGAGCUACCACAAACAUCACUGCUACAGUUCAAUGAGCCGCAAGAAGUAAUUACUCAUCUGCCCACAGCACUGGGCCUGAAGGUGCGUGACUCAUUGAAAUUGACUGUUCCACCGAAAAAUCAACAACAGCAGCAACAGCACCAGAAUGCGGCACACAACAGCAACUCACUGUUAAAGCAACAACUGCGCGCUGGACUUAAAGAAAUUACAAAUAGUACGCCCAACGAAUCAAUGCCCACUAGUAGUACAGAUUUCAGCUGUUCCGCACUGCAAUCGCUCGCUAGCGUAGCUGAGCGUCAAACGCCCAAUACAAUACAGCCGCCUUCGGCUAAUAAUUUACACCACCAAUUCUUGUUGCAUAUGGCCGCAAAUCCGAUGUUAAAACCGAGCGCAGAUUUCUUUCGACAGCAACAACAGCAGCUGCAUCAAGCGCAACAGCAACAGCAGCAGCAACAACAACGACAGGAACAAUCUUGCACUCAAGAACCACAACAAACACUAGCCAAACAGCCUCAAACACUGGCAACCCACAUGCAACAACAACAACAAAAAGCACCAACCACUCAAACAGAUUUACGCGAAUCGGAAUUGCAACGCGAUGACAGCAUGUCGCCAACAAAUAUGGAUAUUAUACUUGAUCAGACUGAUAAAUCCGAGCCGGAACUGACAUUGGCGGAUGAAAGUGCUGGAUUAGAUUACAAAAACGUUGACUCAUCAUUAGGUAACAUCGAUGACGCAGUUGCCAUUACAACAAUAACCAUAAGCGAUGCACCGGAUAAUGAAAGCACAAAUACGGACGUACGUGCACCGCCCGAGGUGGUUACAGCGCCAACGACACGUACUAGUGGCACAGCACGCCGUCCGGUACAACGACGACGGAUACGACGUAAGGCACAAUCGACGAUGGAUGAUCAAGCUGAGCACUUGACAGAGAUGUCAGUGCGUGGACUCGACUUGUUUCGUUAUGCGCGCAUAAAUGAAGGUGUCUACCAGUGUACAGAGUGCGCUAAAGAGGAUUUGCAAAAGACUUUCAAAAAUAAAUACAGUUUCCAGCGGCACGCCUUUCUCUAUCACGAGGGUAAGGUACGUAAAGUGUUCCCCUGCACAUUGUGUGGCAAAGAAUUCUCGCGACCAGAUAAAAUGAAAAAUCAUCUUAAGAUGGCGCAUGAGAAUUUCGUUGCACGCGACACUACUAAUAGCUUUAAUCCAUUAAACUAUCUAAUUACGGCGGCAACGGCGGAAGAGAUGCAAACUGCAAUUUUUACGGCUAGUGCUGCAGUGCAACAGCAGCAACAUCAACAACAACAACAAACACAACAGCAGCAGCAGCAGCAAGAACAACAGCAACAACAGAGGACGUCAAACAUACAAGAUAAUUAUCUAGAUAACGGUGUGGGCAUCGUUAAUGCACCGCCGCUGCGUGACAGAGACGAUUCGAGAUCAGCAUCGCCGAACCCUGCCUUGGCAUUGUUGAAACUGCAGCAUGACUUAACUAUUAAAAAUGAGAUUGUAAUCUCGCCUUCGCCCUCGCCUGAACCUAUGAUGAGCAUGGCAGCGGCCAAUGGCGAGGAGGCGUCGACAACAACACAGUCGACAAAUGCGUCCAUGUUGCAGGCAAAACGUAUAACACAAAGACUGGAAGAGGUUAAUUAAAUGUAAAUUUUCUAAAAAAAAAAAAAAAAAAGAAAAAAAAAG